AUGGCAGCCGAGGGAGAUUUUCUGAUACGCUACCGGGCGGUGUCAAAUAAACUGAAAAAACGUUUUCUGCGGAAGCCUAAUGUCGCUGAAGCAAGUGAACAGUUUGGUCAGCUGGCCAAGGAGCUCAAACAGCAAGACUGUCCUCAAUAUGCUGCCUUCUGUAAUCUGGCCAUGGCCCGCUGUGAGCAGACCCUGUUCAAUGCUGCAGGAGAAGCCCUGGCACUGACUGAUGCAGCCCGACUCUUUCUGGCCUCGGAGCAGGAAACCCGAGCGCUGAGGGCUCCCGGCUUCGAUGAGAAUAUGCAGGCAGCAAUGAACUGCUAUAGUUUUGCUAUUAAGGUCUGUAUUGAGAUGAAUCAGCCUGUUAUGGCGGCCAGUCUCUCACUGGAGCUUGGCAAUGCUCUGAAGGAGAUGAACAGACCCGGGGAGGCGAUAGUUCAUUUCCAGAGAGCCGCAGAACUGCAGAUUCAGACUCCAAUUGAGGCCCUGCUGUCACUGUGGGAAAUGGCCUCCUGCAAAAUACUGACCCGCGAUUACGAUGGCGCUCUUGCUGUUCUCUCUGAGAUGCAGCACAUGUGUCAGGAAAGAGGACUACAGCUACCCGGGACAAACACCCCUGUCGGUGCAUUUAUGGAUAUCAUAGCAAAGUGUGAAAUCUCCAGGGUAUUACUUCUUAUGCUGCUUGAGCCUCCUCCUCAAAAGCUGCUACCUGAGCACGCUCAAACACUAGAGCGAUACGCCUGGGAAUCCUUCGACUCACACAGUCAGGUAAACUUCCUUCCAGAAAAUGUGUUCCUCCUUCUGCAGUCAGUUGUGAUGGCCUGUCAGGAAAAGGAUACAGAAUCUCUCAAGGCUCUCCAGACAGAACUGUGGCCACUCCUUUCGGCAGAACAGAAUCAUCUCCUCCACUUAGUGGUUCAGGAGCGAAUUACACCCUCCGGUCAGGGCAUAUGAUUCAGUGCAAUACACCCCCACAAAACAGUUCUUAUUGGACCAUUCCUAUGCCAGUGCCUGGUGCAUUUUGCAUGAGGACUGUAGAAGGUCACUGAACCUACCAGAGCUGUACAUACACGCAUGAAAAUUUCUCUAAUAACAGAAGUUUUCAUGUCUCCUAUACAAACUCGCUUUGGUGAUUUAUAUAGCGGUUAGAUAUUGUGUUGAAAAGGUGAAUGAUUAUGUUGAAACAUAUUUAAAGUUGUAAAAUAUUGAUGUUGUAAAUAAUAAAAUGACAAAGUGAUUCUUA